GUCUGCUGCAGAGAAGCUAGGGGACUUGGGGGACAGCAUGACAGAGGUCAAACUUUAAAUACACUUCACUUAUCAUAGGUUAUGGACCAGCAAUGACAUGUUUAGUGGGGUGUUUUAAAGGCUAAAGGUGAGCAUUUUAGGUCAUUUAAUUAAUUUAAAGUAGCCUAGUGGGAGAGAGAUGUUAUACUAUUGGGAUAUUUGGUUGAAUAUUUGAGGACAUUGUUGAUGAAUACUUAAAAAUACUUAAAGUUGUUAUAGUCUAUUCAAAAUAAACCUGUUAGUCACUGAUAACUGUGUCUGCAGAAUGACUCAUUUUUUUGUUUCUCACUCAUUGGAAAAUGUUUUUGUGGGUUAGUAAGCCAGUAUUGGUUGGUCACUUGCAAGAUGAGUCACAUUUCUGCUAAAGAUGAUGUUAAAACAAUAGUGAUAGAAACCAUGCUGAAACGGGGUAGCAAGAAUAGUUACAACCCAUACUCCACGGGUCAGAGAGUUAAGAAAGAGGAGGCUAACGCCAAGAACAAAUUGGACAAACGACCCAAUAGACCCAACGUCUGGCUCAAACAGCUGUCUAUUCUCCAGGAGCAGCCUCGUCGUGAUGCUAUCGACACCACCCCUUCCUCAACCUCAUCCUCCUCUUCCUCCUCCACCCUCUUCCCCAUUCCCGGUGCCCUAUCGGACUCCUCCGUGUCCUGCCCUGGCACCCCCAGUGUCCAGCACAGCAAGCUGGUGGGGGUGGGCUGCCCGUCCCCAGGGGCCACCAUGAAGAGGCCCACCGGCCUCAGCCGUCAUGCCAGUGCCGCGGGGUUCCCUAUCCACUCCUGGGUGUUCACCAAGGGCCAGGGGAAGGGGGCUGUCACCCCCACCCCUACCACCCCACAGGACAGCUCAGAGAGCAUGGCCAUUGAGGUGGAGGACAUCCCCUCUCUGUUAAGGGAUGUGGCCCGCUUUGCUGAGGCCGUAGAGAAGUUGAAGGACGUUGUAUUGGGGGAAGAAAAGCAGGAGAACCGUCGCCCUCUGGCCCAUGAGUGCCUGGGGGAGGUCCUGAGGGUCCUACGACAGGUCAUCAGCACCUACCCCCUCCUCAACACAGUGGAGACCCUCACUGCUGCAGGCAAACUCAUAUCUAAGGUCAAAGGAUUUCAUUAUGAGACGUGUAAUGACACAGACAAGAAGGACUUUGAGAAGGCCAUUGAAACCAUUGCAGUUGCUUUUAGUAGCAAUGUGUCAGAGCUGCUGAUGGGGGAGGUGGACAGCAGUACCCUACUGUCCCUGCUGCCAACAGAGAAGAGCAGGUCUAUGGAGAACCUGUAUGGGGUGUCGGGUCAGGGACUAGAGGGAGCUCAGAUGAGGAGUGACCUGCAGGACUUUGGACGGGCCGAGGAGGUGGACAUCAUGCUGCAGCGUAGUGAAGGGGGAGUGGACUCUGCUCUGGCCUACGCUAAGACCAUCUCUAAAUACAUGAAGGACCUGAUGAGCUACGUGGAGAAGAGGACCUCACUGGAGGUGGAGUUUGCCAAGGGCUUACAAAGACUGUACCAUUCCAGCAAGCACAGCAUCACACAUCCCCACAUGCCCUUCUACUCAAUCUACUCUCUGGCUCUGGAGCAGGACUUGGAGCAGAGCAGUGGCGUGCAGCAGGCCACCUCCACACUGCACAACCAGACCUUCCUACAGCCUCUGAUGCAGCGUAAACACGAGCAUGAGAAGAAACGCAAGGAGGUCAAGGAACAGUGGUACCGAGCCAAGAGGAAACUGCUGGAAUGUGAGUCUAACCUGCGCAAGGCCAAGCAUGCCUACAUGGCGCGCUGUGAGGAGCACGACAAGGCCAAAGCAGCCGCUAGUAGAGCAGCAGAGGAAGAUGGAGGAGGCUCGACCACCAAGUCUCUGGGCAAGAAGUUACGAGUGGAAGAAGACGCUCGCAACAAGGCUGAAGAGGCAGAGGCCACCUACAGGACAUGUAUAGCAGACGCCACCACCCAGCAGCAGGAGCUGGAACACGUCAAGGUCAAUGUGCUCCGACUGCUGCAGGAGGUCAUCAAACAGAGUGACCAGACACUGCGCUCGGCCACCAUCUCGUACUACCAGAUAAUGCACAUGCAGACAGUGGUGUUGCCGGUACACUACCAGACUCUGUGUGAGAGCAGUAAGCUGUAUGACCCGGGACAGCAGUACGCUGCCCACGUCAGAGACCUGCAGCUCACUGAGGAGCCUGAGGUCACCUACCAGUUUGAGCCCUACACCGCCACCACAGCCUCCACACAGCAGCCAGCUCGACCCCUUACUGACAGCUUCAACACAGACCAGCACAGCAGCUCUGAGGGUCAACCCAGCACCGGAGAGACCACUACAGGAGAGGACCGCAGCGCUGAAAACGCCAGAAAGAGACAAAGCCACAAAUCGUGGGGUUCUGCAGUGAGUGAUGCAGACAGUGUAGAAGGGGAAUCUCCUACCACCAGUUCAGGUGACAUCAGUAAAAUGGCGCGCACCUCCUCCACCGGGACCAUGUCAUCCAAUGAGGAUCCAGAUGAGAAGGACGGGAACGUGGCCUCCUUUGAAGCACCAAACAUAAAUGGUAUGGAGCCUGAGAUUGCGGUUCCAACCGGACCUUUCCGGAACAUUGGGCUCUCCAAAGCCGCCCAGACUCAUCGGCUGCGUAAACUCCGCACCCCGUCCAAGUGUCGGGAGUGCGACAGCUACGUGUAUUUCCAGGGAGCAGAGUGUGAGGAGUGUUUCCUGGCAUGUCAUAAGCGGUGUCUGGAGACGUUGGCCAUCCAGUGUGGCCAUAAGAAGCUGCAGGGUAGACUCCAGCUGUUCGGCCGAGACUUCUCCCAGGUGUCCAGCGGCAGCUCUGACAGCAUCCCCUUCAUCAUCACUAAGUGCAUUUCCGAGAUAGAGAGACGAGCCCUGAAGAUGAAGGGUAUUUACAGAGUAAAUGGGGUGAAGACUCGUGUAGAGAAACUGUGUCAGGCCUUUGAGAACGGCAAGGAAUUAGUGGAGCUCUCACAGUGUUCCCCCCACGACAUCAGCAACGUCCUCAAGCUCUACCUCCGACAGCUUCCGGAGCCCAUCAUGCCGUUCCGCCUGUAUAACAGCCUCAUGGGGUUAGCCAAGGAGAGUCUGCAAACUGAGGGAGGGGAGGCCGGGACAGGAGGAGGGGAAGCCGGGACGGGGAAGGGGCCAGAGCUGGUGGACCUAGGACCAGAUACGGACCCAGCGGUCCUGGCCGUGGUGGAUAGACUUAGGGAGCUGGUGAAAGAGCUGCCCAAGGCUAAUGUAGCCACGCUGCGCUACAUCGUACGCCACCUGCGCAGGAUUGCAGAGUUGGAGCAGGACAAUAAGAUGAGUCCCAGUAACCUGGGCAUCGUUUUUGGCCCCUCUCUGAUACGGCCCCGGCCCACAGGGGCCACAGUGUCCUUGUCCUCUCUAGUAGACUACCCCCACCAGGCCCGCAUCAUAGAGACUCUCAUAGUCUUCUACACAGACAUCUUCCAGUCCAAAUCCUCUAGCACCAGAAGUCGCCCAUCCUUCAUCUCCACCCAACAGAGUGUCAGUGUGGAUGUUGAUGAGGGCAGCAGUGCCGUGGUAACUGAAGGAGAGGAACAGGAAGCCAAUGAGGAACAGAGCAGAACAGACUCUGACAAGAUGGAGGAGGGCUGUGACAGUUUUCCAGGUUCCCUGGGCUCCAGUGAGCAGAUUGUGGACUCUGACUCAGAGCUGGAUGAGACUGGGAGGGGGUCCACACACCAUCCACACUGCCUGGUCAAACAGGAGAGUGAGGUCAGCACAGAGGAUGACCAACUGAGCUGUAGGGAUAGUCUGGAACUCUCCAGCCAGUCUCUACCCCAGACCGACCCGGAUCCAGACCAAGACCAGGAGGGUCCCGAUGCCUCAGACCACGACCCCCCUGAGCCCCCAGACAGCGAGCCCCCGGACCUAGAGGUGUCUGAGGAGGAGCUGAGCGUCUCCCUGGCUGAGCUCAACAUGAAUCAGUCCAACAACUAUGUUCUGGGCCAUGUGUGUAGCAAAUCUCAGUUUGCUGCCGAGGGACAGGGAGACAGAGUUUGUGUAAACAUUACCUGUGCAAUGUGUCAACCUCACUGAAAGGCUUUACUGGAAUUGCAUGAUGUAUGAAGUGUAAGUUUUAUAUGUACUUCAAGAGUCUGGUGACGUCUUUAUUUUGGUGGGGAUGUUACCAUGGAUCCUGGUUUUAGCUUUUGUAUUAGAAUGUCAGCAUUGAAUAUACUACAUGACACAUCCCUCAUGGACACUUAGUUAUAGCUGUUUUCUGCCAUCAUUCAUUGUAGUUAUAACAAGCUGUGACUUAACAAUUUGGAAAAUAAGUGCCUUAUAGAUUAUUGCUGUGGCAAUUUGUAUUUCAAACUUUUUUUUAACAUUUAGUUUUUUACAUUGCUCUUAAAAGCUUGAAUAAUGCAUGUCUAGUAGUGAGAGAUCUUUCUCUUGUAUGUGUGAUUGUUGUGUGGGAUGCAUUUCUAAGAUAAUUAUUCCAGGUAUUUAAAGUGCUGCUGGUUUUAUUUCAGCACUAAAAUCCCCCCCAAAAAUUGGUUUUAUAAAUUGUAUCAUUUUGCCUUAUGUUGGAUGGAUUUGUCUUUAUUGGUUGAAUUCACUUUUUUUUUUGUCAGUGUAUUGUAAUAAAGAGUAUGCUAUUAUAAA